GCAUUCUAAGUGAGCAACUCGAGUGUGAAUCAAAGGUCGUGGAAUCAGAAGACUAAUCGAAAAAAUGCGUGCGUUCAUUAUUUUAUCUCUGGCUGCAGCCGUGUGCGCUGACGUCGGUUACAAUUAUAAAGCCGGCGGUGGCAGUCCUGCAAUAGGGGGACACAGCGGUGGUGGUUCCAGCGGUUUGAGUGCAAACGGUGGUUCCAGCCUUGGUGGACACGGUAGCUCGAUCGGAUUAGGUGGACUUGGUGGUAUUGGCGGUAUUGGUGGCUCCAGCGGUUUGGGUAGCAUUGGCGGUUCAAACAUUGGCGGCAAUUCGGGUCGCGGCGCUGGUUCCAGUGCACCAGUUUCAGUUAGUCCAGCUGCUCCAGUCACAUACGAAAAAGAGUUCUACACUUUCAGCGCUCCCGAAAACGAAUUCAAUAACGAUAACGCCGGGCAACAAAUUGCCAGUAUUAGGAAAAAUGUGCGCGUAGUUUUCAUUAAAGCACCUGAAAAUAAGGGUCUUGAGAAUGCCGCGGUACAAUUAGCCAAGCAGGCUGCUGAGGAUAAGACUGCCAUUUAUGUGCUUACCAAACAACCUGACAUCGGCAGUUUGGCUCAACAAUUACAAAACAUCCAGUCGCAACAGAGCCAUAAGCCCGAAGUACACUUUGUCAAGUACCGUACACCUGAGGAUGCCGCCAAUGCCCAGAAGGCCAUUCAAUCGGAAUACGACCAAUUAGCGGGCAAAUCGCAGGCUCAUAACGGUGGUGUAGCGCCAGUGUUGAACUUCGCUUCGCGUGCUCCUAUUGCUCAAGGUCCCGCACCUAAAGCGCCAGCAAAUUCCUACCUGCCUUCGUCGGUUCUGCGCUUAUUCCGUGCGUAAGAGUUAGUGUGAAGAGUGUUUGUAGUUAAGCUUGGAAUAUGGAAUGUAAACUGAUUGUUUUAAUUGUUGGUGUUUAUUAUGUAUUUUUUGUUAUAUAAAAUAUUAUUUUUUUAAAUGAAAUGCAAAGCGAAGAAUUUGCUCAAAAAUUAUGUAAAA